AUCCACUCGAGGGAGUUGAUCAACCUUAUUUUCACUGGCUGCAAUGAAUGGCCUCCUUCUUCAGGGUCCUGUAGGACAAUCCGCUAAAGCAUUGAGUUUCUCGUCCCCUUUCGUUGCCCUUGACGAAUGUCCCUGGUCGUUCUCCCUCACGGUCCCGCGCAUGACUUGUUCACGAUGAGCUUGACUCCUCCUCGCCGUCUAAGACAAAAUCUACACCACGAGCCGCAGUCUGCAGACAGGGCAACGCUUGACCACUGUUGUGAUGGUGCAGCCGUAUUUUGUCUCAGAAAACCAUCCGUCAUUGGCAGAAAAUAUGCCAGUGAUCUGCCAUGCAUUCCUUCGUACCGCCGCCCUGUGAAGGGUGUUGCGUGGAAGGAGUAUGCUAAAGCGAGGGAACUGCCAGUGAGCUGUCAACUGAUAUGGAUCGGCCAACGAAAGCGUGCACCACGUGAUUGAAAAAGGAGUCCUGACGGAAGCCCUUAGCAUGUCCUGUCCUAGCAAGCGCAGUCGUGGCAAGCAGGCCU